AUGACCAAGUUUGGAGACGUCGCUAGCUUUGUCGUGUCCAUAAUCAAGCGCGACUAUGCCCCCGACUACGCCGCAAUCCCGCCCCACGGCAGAUGGCAACACUUUGACGUUGGCGGCCGCCCGCGAAUUGACCAGCUCAUGGCCUCGUGGCCCUCGACCGUCGACAACCAGGAGCGCACGCGCCGCCUGCUCGACCUGUUCCUCGUUUCCGUCCUGCUCGACGCUGGCGCCGGCACCAAGUGGCAGUACAAGAGCAAGGAGUCGGGCAGAAUCUACCGCCGCAGCGAGGGCCUCGCCGUGGCCAGCCUGGAGAUGUUCAAGGCCGGCACCUUCAGCAGCGACCCCAGAGAGCCCUUCCAAGUGGACAGUGCGGGGCUGAAGAAGCUGGACGUCGCCACAGUAGCGCGUGGUCUGCAAGUGACGUCGUCGAACCCAAUUGACGGCCUCGAGGGUCGCACCAGUCUGCUCCUCCGCCUCGGAGAAGCGCUGCAGAACCAAGAGGUCUUUGGCCUCGAGGCCCGCCCCGGAAACAUGCUCGACUACCUCCUCUCCCACCCCACCACACAAGCAUCGUCGGUUCCCAUUAUCCCUCUCCCCACCUUUUGGAACAUGCUCAUGGACAGCCUGACCCCCAUCUGGCCCCCGUCGAGAACCCAGAUUGACGGCGUGCCCAUGGGCGACGCUUGGCCCUGUUCGGUCAUGCCGUCGCAUCCAACCCACCCCUGGGAAAACAUUGUUCCGCUGCACAAGCUCACGCAAUGGCUGGCCUAUUCGCUCAUGGUGCCCAUGACCAAGCUGCUUCACGUCCACUUUGCCGGCGCCGAGCUGCUGACGGGACUGCCGGAAUAUCGAAACGGUGGUCUCUUCAUCGACGUAGGCGUCUUGACCCUGAAGCCCGAGGAUCAAGAGCGCGGGCUUGCGCAAUAUCAACGGAACGCGCUGGUUCUUCUUUGCCUUUUCCAGCACCAGCUUGGAGCGGUCGCGCACCGCAUAGAUGCUGCGCAGCUGGUCGGGCGAGAGCCGUUUGGCGUGGGGCCAGGGGAGCGCAACGAGCCAUUCGAACUGUUUGGGUGGCUGCCACUGGGCGAAACCUGGGGCUUGGAGCCCUUGCGGCCAAAGAGACGCAUCGUGGGCAAGGCAAAACUCAAAAAAUAA